AUGGUGCAGCUGCUUCUCCUCAAGGGAGCUGUGCUCGAGGCGCAGGACGGUGUGGGACGCCGAGCUAUGCAUGUUGCAGCCCAAGCGGGCCAUGUCGGCUUGACAGGGGCCCUGUUGGCUACUGGAGCUGACGCUGGUGCUCGUUUCGGCACCUAUCAAUUGUCAGCCUUGGAGGUGGACGCCGAAAAUGGCCGUGCAGGAGUUAUGAAGGUGCUGAUUGAGCACGGGGUGAAUGUGAACACGGCGAACGCGGACGGCUCCACACCCCUAGAUUGUGCCGCCUAUGGAGGUUCUGCUCAGGUGAUCGAUGCGCUUACCAAGGCAGGAGCAAGCAUCAAUCAAAAGAGUGUCGAAGGAACAUCACCUCUUCAUGUUGCGGCUGUCUGGCGCCGUCUCCAAGCCGCUCGCGCUCUGUUGAGGUGUGGUGCUGAAGUGAACAUGACAAACACGCACCAGAGGACCCCCCUGUUUGCGGUAACGUCGUUUCCUGCAAGGCACCGUGCCGUGGAGAUGGUAGAUCUCUUGAAGUGGGGUGCUGACGAAGGUAUGACAGACGACAGCGGCCGAAAACCCGGUCAAUUUGGCUUGGCUAUCUUAGACUUCGGAUCGAUUGCGCAAGGCGUCCAGGAAUCUCAGCGCGCCACCAGAGAACAUCAACGUGUCCAACAGCUGUUCACCACCGCCCCUACCGACAGAGCCUGGCGCCGUCACGGCCUGCUAGUCUUGUGCCGUUUUCAUCCCGGUAGGGCGCGGUGGCGACAGCAAGUCAGCGAAGAGAGCGGGAACAUGACUGCAGCCAAAUACAGUCGUGCUCGCCUUGUGAGCAAGCUUGUCGACGAGAAGGACGCCGCCAAUGCCCAGAGCAGCCGCACGACUGCGGGUUGCGGCGAAGGUGAUGGUGCGCUUCGCUAGGAGUGGGUCGGUGUGAUGGCUUGGCUGAUGGAGUUCGGAGAGGAGGGUGUCUUCCGGAGGAUUUCGCAUUACGACGCUGGUCGAUUCCCCCCCCAGAGAGCAUCCUCCUAUCCUCGGGCUACUGCUGCACAACCCGUCGACAUCAUUUCAGCAAGACUGAUGUAACCUUGUGCCUUCCCGCCGGUAUGCACUGAGACGUAGAAUUAGAGCACCGUUUGGCGUUAAUGGCCAUUCCAUCCAUGUAGUAGCUGGCCAGGUAGGUGUUCAGGCCGCGAGGCAUUCUCACCCGAAGCCUCUUCGCCAAUAAAUUCUUGUGACAUUGCCGACUACGGGGAGGAGAAACGGAUCCUGUGGAACACACCACGCAGCAACGCGAUUGCACUCGAUCUUUUCCCAACAAAAUGAUCUUCGGCCAAGAAUCGCAAAACAAUCUCCCGCUAAAAGUCCGAGGGAAAAAACUGGGUCGUUGUUUCUGUGUGACUUCGAAAUUUAAAGGCGGGAAGCUUCACCGAUACUUAUACUUCGUAGGGGAACGGCCCGUCUCCCACUUCGGCGAAAAAUACCCCAAGAGGAGAGAUAGAUACUGUCUCGGACCGAGGUGUUACACGAAUAACCUGUUUUACCUGCUGGCCUACUCAGAACAGCAUGUUACACGAUGGCCCGUGUGCAAAUAACGGACUGGAACGAUCGGACACCGUGCCGUGUUAGGUUGACAUAAGUAUUCGUCAAGGAAGACAUGAUCGGUUCACAGCUGCGGAGAUGGACAUAAACACUGUUAGAAACAGCCAGAAAAGAGUCAUCUACCGAUGACAACGUCAACAGUAACAUCAGUUCGUGCACAAACAAUACACAAAAGUCGGACCCAAAGAUGACAAUUUCAGAAGGCUGGUUCUGCACCUUGGUCCCGUGGAUCCGGGUGAGAAACGCUCCCUCGCCACAACCGUCACAGCCGGUUGGGAGUCCCACACCCGCGAGGCCAUGUCCUCCCGUACCCGGUGCCCUCCACAGUAGCCUCAGGCGUUGAACCUCCCAGGAUCCAUUUCCCCAACACCGACGCACACGUAGCCGCCGUAGGCUGCUUCCCUUCGGUCGAUACCGCUCCAGCACGAUCCGUCAUGCAUGACUCUCUCUCUGGGAGUAGCACCGUCUUUCAUGAGUGCCUCAUCGGAGUAUCCCCCGCCAUCGAAAUCAUCUCCAUGUUCGGGUCCCGGCGAAUGACGCGUUCUUCGUCUCCAGCGGUCUCGCUCGAGGCGCGACGAACGUGGACGAUACUAGCACUGGUCGA